ACAAGGUACACUUAACCGUUAUUUCAUGCAUUACUAGUGAAAAACGGUUGUAUUUUUAACAUCGGAUUGAAGGCGCAGUGCAACUGGUGUAGAUUUUGUCGUUAAUGAUGGAAAGAACAUAGUUCAACAUAUUCCCGCGGAGAAAAAUGGAACGAAUUGGAACUGUUGGAAGAGAAAAUUAUCGUAAGGAAGGAUGUUUCUUGCGAUCAGAAUGCAACAUCUAUCAAAGAGGACUUAGUGCAUCUAUUGAAAACAAAUCUACUUAUUGUCUGCUGCAAUCCUCUGAACAGCAAGAAGCAAGUGCUGCAGAUCACUUCAGACAGACAAGAAAAAUACAUCAACGUGAGAGUGAAAUUAGACCGCUUGAGGAGAGAUUAGACCGUAGACAGGAUAGAAAUGCACGAUUAGUUUGUAAGUUGCAAGAACAAAAUGAUCAGUUAUAUUAUCAGCUACAACAAACUAAGACUAAAUUGCACGAAAAAGAGUAUGCCAUGUCUGAAAUUAUCAUGCAACUAAAAGUAAAACUAGAGUAUCAAGGCAAUGAGAUUAAAGAAAAAGAACAGAUGCGACAAAUUUUGCACACAUAUUGUUAUAAACAGACUGAACUUAAAAAACACAUUGCUUUACAAGAGGCAAAGAUAAAGUGUCGUGAUAAAAAAUUAGGGGAGCUGGAAAUAACACUUGAUAGUAAAAUGGUCGAAAUCAGUCAGUGUAAAGAACUUCUAAAAAACACCGUGGAGAAAAAAGAUGCCCAGUUCUCUGAACAAAGCGGAACGCUUCACAACAUGUUGACGAAAUUGCAAGAAACAGAGGCGAAAAUGGAUAAAGCCGUGAGUUUGCUAAAGGAGAAGAAUCAACAUCUUCAAGCAGAGAUUGAGCGCUGUAAUGAGAAAGUAAAAACUCUAGAGAAAAUGUUAGAUAGUAAACGAAACGCGACAAAUGACGGAAAUGAACGGCAAGCUUACCGUGUGAUGGAACAAAACGAUGAACAAAUACUAGAUCUGAGACAUCAGCUGAAACAGACACUAGAUAGGAAAGAGUCCGAAAUGAAUAAAAUCAUUGCUUCGCUAAAGAAAAAGACGCAGGAUCUUGAAAAUGAUGUAAAACAUCGUGAUUUGACGAAUCAACAUCUUCAAGCAGAGGUUGAGCGCUGUAAUGAGAAAGUAAAAACUCUAGAGAAAAUGUUAGAUGGUAAGAGAACCUCAACAAAUGACGGAGAUGGACGGCAAUCAAACACUGUGAUGAGACAAAAAGAUGGCCAAAUUUCUGACCUGAGACAUCAGCUGAAAAAGACACUAGAUAGGAAAGAGUCCGAAAUGAAUGAAAUCAUUGCUUCACUAAAGAAAAAGACACAGGAUCUUGAAAAUGAGGUCGAACAUCGUGAUAUGACGAUAAAAGACCUAGGCUACAAAAAGAAGGAAACAAUUGAUAGGAAUGAACUUUUGGAAAAGAAAGUUAAAGAAAAAGAGUGUCAGUUGUACAAAGAGAGAGAUCAGCGGCAACAUGCUUUUGACAAGAUGCAAGAAAAGGAAUCUGAAAUGGAAGGAAUCAUCGCGUCGCUAAAGAAGAAAGUUAAGGUCCUGGGGGACGAUAUUGAACAUCGCGAUAUGAAAAUUAAACGUCUAGAGGAAGUAUUAAACAGUGAAACGAUUGGCGUUCCUGUGAGAAAAGGGGCAAACAGAGAUGUUACGGAAAUGGAAAGGAAAAUUACCAAAUUGACAGAUGAACUGGAUCAGACUUUGACCAAACUGCACGAAACAAAAACUGAGCUUGAAGAAAGAAAAACAAGGCUGGCAGAUAAUAACCCGAACAUUGCUGACCUUAGCGACAAGAAUCGUCCAACAAAACUUUCUGAAAGAUAUGCUGAAUUGUAUGAGGAUCAAUGGACUGAUGCAUUCGACAUUCUUGAAAAACAAUUCAAAACAGAGGAAAAUGCAGUCGCAGCACUUCUACAGAUUUUGAAGGAUGCCAUGAUUUUCUGCAGAAACAAAGCCUAUGAACAAAUGGAGGAUUUACAACGUUUGCUAGCAUUAUCAAACGAUAAGGAAGAUGAGGGUAUAUCGACUGAUCAGGGUAACCUCUUAAAAGAUUGCCGAAAGACAAUGCCAUCUGUGGCAAUAAGAAAUUUAUAUCUGAUAUAUAUGUCACAUAUUAACCAGUCAACGGAUAAGACAAUAAGAGCAGCGCUACCAGUCAGUUCAUUUACAACAGAAUGUCUUGAAGUUUGCUGGUAUAUGGUGAUCCAAGAUCCACCUAUUGUAUUUGCUCCGGAGCCAGGAAAAGGUUCAAAUUUAAAUACAGACGACUUGUUAAAACCCUACGCAAGAAGCGGAACACACGUCGAUUAUGUAGUCUGGCCUGCUCUUCUUUUACACGAAGGUGGUCCAGUAUUGGCGAAAGGUGUGGCCCAGGGGUAUUGCAAGACAUAAAAGUAGACUACGUUUAAAGUACUAGCAGUUAACUAAAUAUAUAGAAAUCAAACUGAAUCAAACUGAAAGAAUGGUUCAGGAAAUAUCAAAAUAUUAAAUUGAUUCAAGCGAUCACGUGCAUAGGUGUUUUGCACGAACAACAAAAUGAUAAAAUGCAAUUUUCUCAAAUUACCACAUAAAAGAUGUUUGACUCAUUCAUUAAAAUCAUUACACUAACUCAAUAGUAACAUAUGAUUUAUCAAUAAAGCGUUUAUACACAGUUUUUAUGUUAAUAGAUUAUUAUUAUAUUGCUGUCCGGCAGAAAAAUAAAUUUCAUAAACAUAGAUUUUACAAGCUAAUUUGAUGCUAAUACUUAUUCAGAAAGAGAAACAUCACCUAUCAUUUUAACACUGGAACUUGGAACUAAUUUAUAAACUACACAUAAUUGCUAGUACAAAAAAGAAAGUACAUUUGAAAUUUAGAAAUCGCCUUUCUGUUACAAUUAAAUCUUUAUUAUACAAAAAAUACUAAACGAGUUUAUUAACUUCUAAGGAAUGCAUUCAUCUAUGAUAAUUGUGUUGAAGUUAUUGUACAUUAUUUUAAAAUUGGUAGAUUAUCAGUAAUUUUGGUCACAAGACCUUCUUUUCUAGAUAAUUUCUUGUGUCCUAAUUGUUUUCGAGUGUAACUCUGUCUCUUUCUCCUUGAACAUAGAACGCUUGAUAGGCAUCCAAACAAAUGUUUACAUUUAAAGUAAAGUAAGAUUCAAUUUUGCUUCUAUGUACUUUAGUUCUCUUUUUUCUUGUAAUCAGAUGUUUAGUGAGUUCAUUUUGAUAGCAAAAUUAAGCGUUUUAGAGC